GUCCGAGGUACGGCCAGAGACACCAGUGCCUCUUUGGGGUGUAGUCGCAAAGUAAGCGGCCCGGAGCAAGGCCAGAAAGGGGCACGCUAAGGGAUUGGAAUGGGUUGGAAUGCUCGAAGAGAGGCUGCGAAAUGUAUGCCGCCGCAGGUAUCGUGAUGGAAAUGUUGGAUGACACACGAGAGAAUUGGCGAGGGACAAGACCACAGUUUAAGCAAGGCCAAGGCUGAGAUUGCGGACUGGCGGUGUUGCGGCUCGGGCUGGGCUGGCUGGGCUGGGCUGGGUCGCUAUGCGUGCGGGUUCGACGUGGCAAGCGGGUCCCCUGGGUCUGCUGUCCUGGAUGGCUCCGAGUGCUGGCCGACGGGGUCGCGCCAGGUACCGACCUGCCUGUCCCUGGCUGACGAAUGGCGACGAGACGAAUGCCCCGGGCGGGAACGGGUGCGCGUUUCGAGUCGCUCGUGCGUGCGCUGUCCACGGCGCAAAAGGCCCGAGAUGGGGCGGCUCGCUGGUGCAGGGCGAAUAGAGAGGCUACAACAGGUACUUGCGAUGCGGUGUGCUGGACCAGCAAAGGGUGCAGGGUUCGACGGGUCUGGUAGCGAGGGAAGCUGCCGGCGCGGUUUCCAUGCUCUUGUAGUCGGUAGAAGAAAGCGGUCGUCGUAUGGAUUUAUUCCUUUUCUCCUCGCGGCAGGUGGACGGUUUUUGUUCGUGUGUCGAGGAAGAAGGGGUCGGAGAGAAGCAAGCAGACAAGCAAGCAUCCAUUGACAUGAAGGGGACGGACGGGAAGGGGGUGCAGGUGUCGUUUUAGAUGACGGGCGGGCUUCUUGCCUUAGGUAGCGGCAGAUCGACGCGCAAUGGUACGUACUGUGGCCAGUCAGCCAGACUGGGACGGACGGAUU